GAACGUUUAAAAGUCCCCACUCCCUCCUCCAUCCCUCUCCGAACCGAAGUCGCCCUCCCGGCCGUCCUUCGGUCUCGAGAUCUGUUUAGAAUUUUCUCGAUCGGUGGCGUUGGAGGAUUCGCCGGCGGGGAUGGCACCACCGAUGGCCCCGGCGGGGGAUCAGGCCGGCGAACAGCCGCCGCCGCUGCCGGCGGAGGGUAGCCAGCGGUCGAUCCCCACGCCGUUCCUCACCAAGACCUAUCAGCUCGUCGACGACCCCGCCGUCGACGACAUCAUCUCCUGGAACGACGACGGAUCCACCUUCAUCGUCUGGCACCCCGCCGACUUCGCCCGCGACCUCCUCCCUAAAUACUUCAAGCACAACAACUUCUCCAGCUUCGUCCGCCAGCUCAACACCUACGGAUUUCGUAAGAUCGUGCCGGAUCGGUGGGAGUUCGCCAACGACUGCUUCCGGCGGGGCGAGAAGCAGCUUCUUCGCGAUAUCCACCGCCGCAAGAUCAUCCCCCAGGCGGCGCCGGCGCCGACGCCGGUGCCGGUCGCAACGUCUAUCGCUGUAGCCAUGCUGGCUAACCAGGCCGGUUCGCCGACGAACUCGGGGGAAGAGCAGGUAUUAUCAUCCAACUCCUCCCCCGGGGCACCGCCACCGUCCGGCAGCGCGGCAGAGCUGAGGGACGAGAACGAGAGAUUAAGGAAGGAGAACUCACGGCUCUCCCGCGAGCUCUCGCAAAUGAAGAGCCUCUGCGAUAAUAUUCUCCUCCUCAUAUCGAAGUAUGCUUCCAGCCAGCAGCAGGGCGGCGGGGAAGGAGGAGAGGGCGAGGCGGCGGCGGCGGUAGAGGUGGCGUCGCCGGUUCUGGAGCUGAUGCCGGCGGCGGGGCGGGCGGCGGAGGAAGGGGAGGAGGAGCGGUUGAAGGCGGAGGAGGUGACAACCUCGCCGUCGCGGGCGGGGCCGUGUGCCAGGCUGUUCGGGGUGUCGAUCGGGGUGAAGCGGGUCCGUGGGGAGGACGACGGCGAGGAUCAGCCGCAGAGGGUGUCGGCGCCUGGGGUGAAACCGGAGCCGUUGGAUCCGGGAUUGGAUCUGGAUCGGCAGUCGUGGAUCCUCCGCGGCGCGCUGCUGGCUCAUCGGGCGUGUAAAGGAUCGGAUCGCGUCGCCGGAGAACGAGAGAGCUCACGUGCGCUAGCGGAACUGUCACGUGACCAACCACUCUAGUAGAUCAGAAGGGUAGAAACUAGAAAUUAUUUUAUCGGAUGUCUCGAAAAGACAGAAACUAGAAAUUAUUAGAAUUAGAUUUCCUUCUCUCUUUCUUUAUGUAAUAUAAAGUACAUUAAUUUAUUUAAUUUUUCUUGCUGGAAGUGCACCUCCAUGAAGAAGUGGAAAAGAACGCGGCAAGUGGUUUCCUUCUAGAGUUCGGUACUGACAUGGUCUAAAUGUGACGGAAAGGCUUGUGGCCGUUCUCCUCUUUCUUAAUCUAAUAUUGAAGUUUUUUUUU